GUAGUUAUUAGGAGUAAAAGUGGAGAGAUCUUGUAUCGAAUUUCACCAUGGGCGAAGUAUGUGACUCGUGAAGGUGAUAAUGUGAAUUAUGAUUGGAUACACUGGGAUCCAGAACACCCAUAUAAAUUUAAGCAUUCUAAACCAAAGAAGCCAAGAGGUCUAAGAAUUUAUGAAUCUCAUGUGGGAAUUUCUUCCUAUGAAGGAAAAGUAGCUUCUUAUAAACAUUUUACGUGCAAUGUACUACCAAGAAUCAAAGACCUUGGAUACAACUGCAUUCAGAUGAUGGCAAUAAUGGAGCAUGCUUACUAUGCCAGUUUUGGUUACCAGAUCACAAGCUUCUUUGCAGCUUCAAGCCGUUAUGGAACACCUGAAGAGCUAAAAGAACUGGUUGACACGGCUCACUCAAUGGGUAUCACAGUCCUCUUAGAUGUGGUACACAGCCAUGCUUCAAAAAAUUCAGAAGAUGGACUGAACAUGUUUGAUGGGACUGAUUCCUGUUAUUUUCAUUCUGGACCUAGAGGGAACCAUGAUCUUUGGGACAGUCGAUUGUUUGCCUACUCCAGCUGGGAAGUUUUAAGAUUCCUUCUGUCAAACUUAAGAUGGUGGUUAGAAGAAUAUGGCUUUGAUGGAUUUCGUUUUGAUGGCGUUACAUCCAUGCUCUACCAUCACCAUGGAAUGGGUCAAGGUUUUUCAGGUGAUUACCAUGAAUAUUUUGGACUUCAAGUAGAUGAAGAUGCCUUGAUUUAUCUCCUGUUGGCAAAUCAUUUGAUUCACACGUUGUCUCCAGAUUCUAUAACAAUAGCUGAGGAUGUAUCAGGAAUGCCAGCUCUCUGUUCUCCAAUUUCCCAGGGAGGAGUUGGCUUUGACUAUCGAUUAGCCAUGGCAAUUCCGGAUAAAUGGAUCCAGCUACUUAAAGAGUUUAAAGAUGAAGAUUGGAAUAUGGGCAAUAUUGUGUACACACUCACAAACAGACGCUACCUUGAAAAGUGCAUUGCUUAUGCAGAGAGCCAUGAUCAGGCACUUGUUGGGGACAAGACACUGGCAUUUUGGUUGAUGGAUGCUGAAAUGUAUACCAACAUGAGUGUUCUGACCCCAUUUACUCCAGUUAUUGAUCGUGGAAUACAGCUUCAUAAAAUGAUUCGACUCAUUACUCAUGCUCUUGGCGGAGAAGGCUAUCUCAAUUUUAUGGGUAAUGAAUUUGGGCAUCCUGAAUGGUUAGACUUUCCAAGAAAAGGAAAUAAUGAGAGUUACCAUUAUGCCAGAAGGCAGUUUCAUUUAACUGAUGAUGACCUCCUUCGCUAUAAGUUCCUAAAUAACUUUGACAGGGAUAUGAAUAAAUUGGAAGAAAGAUGUGGUUGGCUUUCAGCUCCACAGGCCUAUGUGAGUGAAAAGCAUGAAGCCAAUAAGAUCAUCGCUUUUGAGAGAGCAGGUCUUCUUUUUAUUUUCAACUUUCAUCCAAGCAAAAGCUACACUGAUUACCGAGUUGGAACAACGCUGCCAGGAAAAUUCAAAAUUGUGCUAGAUACAGAUGCAGCAGAAUAUGGAGGACAUCAGAGACUGGACCACAAUACCGAUUUUUUUUCUGAAGAUUUUAAACAUAAUGAGCGUCCCUAUUCUCUUUUGGUGUACAUUCCAAGCCGAGUGGGCCUCAUCCUUCAGAACGUGGAUAUGCCCAACUGAAGAGACGGAGUUUCAGCUUCACCGGAAGAAGUGUGCUUUGUUUUCCGGUUCUCAUUGUCACAGAGUUCAUAAUGUGUGAGCUUGCAAAACACGGCUGUCUAGACGAAACAUCAGAGUCUGAAAUUUAAUAUUGGCUUGUGCAAAUGAAUGUCAGACUUUAAGUAGAGGGGGGUAUAUUUUUGAAAUUUCAAAGAUCCUAGACUCUAUUUUCCAGGCAUCUCAGCAGCUAGGAUUCUCAAAUGAAGUAUUUCUGUGUAAUGCCUUUAAACAACUACACUCUCUAGGCCAAUAUUUGAUCCUUAAAGUUCAAAUUUGAAUCGUGUGUCCUGUGUGAUUAUUUCUGUUGAAUGUAUACAGUAUUUUUUUAAGAUGAAUAUUUGGUGACUUUAUUUGUUCUAAGUAUAUCUUGGUUUAAAAUACAAAGCACCAAGUUUGUUACUAUGUUUUUUUUUAAUUGUGUUUAGAAAUACUGUAAUAAGUAUGUAGUAAUAAUAUAAAGUUAAGAAUUGAGUCAAAGAUAAUAUAAAGCCAUUAUCUAUAAACUCAUACAUGCUUCAUUUUGCCUGAGUUUUAUCUUGUGAUCUCUGCUUCACUUUGUAUCUUGGUAGAUGCCGAUAUCUCCGUCUUUCUGAAGACCUGAAUUGGUAAUUGUAACAUUUCAGAAAACUUCUCGUACUGUCGAUCAAUAAAAAAAAUUGCAAAAUUGCCUUUGCUGAUGUUUACUUUGCUGGACUACCAUGGGGGUUGAUUUAGAAUGAAUGUUAAAAUGCUUAUCUUACCUCUGAUAACCUCCCCCCACAUAUACACACAUGUGCACAAUGGGCCAGCCAUGGGGUUAAUAAUAGUUUUUCUUUAGGUACUAUUUUGUAAUGUAAGAUUAUACUAACCAACUCAGAUAUCCAAGCUACUCUGCAGCUGUAAACCUGAACACUUUCAGACGUUGAAUUAAUUAUCUCAACUCAGUGGGAUACUCAGUCAUGAGGCUGCCAGUCAAAGCAUUAAAUAGUAGGCCACAGGUCUAAAAUCACUGAUACAUAAUUCAUUCAUAACUGAGAAAUUACGAGGCAUUUAUAAGACAAAGUAUCUGUCAUGUUUUUUAAAGAUCUUAUUUUCCCCUUUACAUUAAUACAUUAAUAGUGACGGCUUCUUUUUUUGUUUUUAGCCUGAUUGUUCAUGACUAAGGAGCAGUACUUGGAAGUCUUUCUAUUAAAAACU